GGAAGGUUUUGGUAACCGGAUGCCUACCUACCUAGGUACCUUGCUUUACAGUACGGAUAUUGCCCUUUUGAGGUCGGAAGGCUGGUCCUCAUCCCUACCUAUCUUAUCCGCUACGCCUCUAUUCCCCGGCCCAUCCCUAUCCAUCCCGUGUCUUACUCCAUCCCGACCCGUAAUCUUUUGUUGCACAUCGCAUUCUAGGGAGCCCUUGCCUCGACGGCUGCUCGCCAGCGAUUCGCCGCCGCAUCCACUAGGAACAAGCCUCGGGAAGGUCUUGCAGAAACAUCUUUGCUACGAUAUCUCGCAGAAGCCCCUUUUCUCCGCGCUUGAGAAUUGGGGGUUGGGACUUUGGCAUGGUAUUACUGACAAGUAAGGUACCUGAAGGUAGGGAAGGUAAAGGUAAAGUAAGAUAAAGUUGAUA